CUGGCCUAGUUCCUCUGCCUUGGGCCCUCUCAGUAGUUUUAUCCCAGCUGGACAAAAUGCACCAAAAGGAGUGAGCUGUGGGCAUGGAUCAUAGGUGUCAGCCUGGAGGAGACCUCAUGUGAUUAAUCUUCAGAGUGCGUGUGCACAUGCAUGUGUAACAAGACCCAGUCCAAGAGCAGCAUGGACAAGGACAGCCAGGAUGUCCACCAGGUGCUGAACGAACUGAAGACCAAAUUCCAGGAGAUGAGGAAGAUGAUCAACACCAUGCCCGGCAUCGGCGUGAGCCCCGAGCAGCAGCAGCAGCAACUGCACAACCUGCGGGAGCAGGUCCGGACCAAGAACGAGCUGCUGCAGAAAUACAAGAGCCUCUGUAUGUUCGAGAUCCCCAAGGAAUAGAAGGGAAGCGACAGCUCCCCUGAGCCGGGACCUUCUCCCUGCUUCCCUGCUCUCCUGCCUCAUCGCUACCAAGUGUCGGCUGCUUGGGGACAGGGAGUCUGGAGAACUUGCUGUACUGUAGCACGGUGGCAGCCGUGGGUUUGCUUUGAUCUGCCCUGGGACUGUGUGUAUUGAUACCCAUCCCUGUUGUCUUUUUCCCCACUAAUGCAGGCAGACAGAAAGCCUUGCGCUCCCCCCGCCCCUCUCGCUGCAGGAGUGAAUGAGCUGGGGGUUAUCUUUUCUGUGUCGAACAGCUUCCCCCUGGCACAGGGCGCGUGUGCUGCCACUUUGCUCAGCUCCGCCUCUGCCGAAGCAGUCGAAUGCUGAGCGGAGCAUCACGAGCCCCCGGCACCUGGGACAAGAUCAUUCCUCACGUGCGGAUGCAGUGGGGGCCUCUUGGGAGAGAGGGGCUACUUCUGUAGAGGAUGUUUUGUCCCCAUACGGAUCCCAGUAAAGAUUCCUACACUCUGAA